AUGUGGGGGGGGUCGUCGGUCUCGGUGCCCCCCCCGGCCCUUCAGUGCCGGCCCCGCCCCGGCCUCGCCAUCUCCAUCGUCCCCGUCAUCUCCAUCGGCCCCAUCCCAGUUCCCAUCCCCAUCCCUGUCAUCUCCAUCGGCCCCUUCAUCUCCAUCGGCCCCAUCCCAAUUCCCAUCCCCAUCCCUGUCAUCUCCAUCGUCCCCUUCAUCUCCAUCAGCCCCAUCCCAAUUCCUAUCCCCAUUCCCAUCAUCUCCAUCGUCCCCAUCAUCUCCAUCGGCCCCAUCCCAAUUCCUAUCCCCAUUCCCAUCAUCUCCAUCGUCCCCAUCAUCUCCAUCGUCCAUCCCAAUUCCUAUCCCCAUUCCCAUCAUCUCCAUCGUCCCCAUCAUCUCCAUCAGCCCCAUCACCUCCAUCAGCCCCAUCCCCAUCCCCAUCCCUGUCAUCUCCAUUGGCCCCAUCCCCUGCCAUUCCCAUCCCCAUCAUCUCCAUCGGCCCCAUCACCUCCAUCAGCCCCAUUCCCAUCCCCAUCCCUGUCAUCUCCAUCGUCCCCUUCAUCUCCAUCGGCCCCAUCCCAAUUCCCAUCCCCAUUCCCAUCAUCUCCAUCGGCCCCAUCAUCUCCAUCGGCCCCAUCCCCAUCCCUGCCAUUCCCAUCAUCUCCAUCGUCCCCGUCAUCUCCAUCGGCCCCAUCCCAAUUCCCAUCCCCAUCCCCAUUCCCAUCAUCUCCAUCGGCCCCAUCAUCUCCAUCGGCCCCAUCCCAAUUCCUAUCCCCAUUCCCGUCAUCUCCAUCAUCCCCUUCAUCUCCAUCGUCCCCGUCAUCUCCAUCGACCCCAUCCCCAUCCCCAUCCCUGCCAUUGCCAUCAUCUCCAUCGUCCCCAUCACCUCCAUCAGCCCCAUCCCCAUCCCUGUCAUCUCCAUCGACCCCAUCCCCUGCCGUUCCCAUCCCCAUCCCUAUUCCCAUCAUCUCCAUCAUCCCUGUCAUCUUUAAUUGGUCCCAUCCCUGCCAUUCCCAUCCCCAUCCCCAUCCCAAUUCCCAUCCCCAUCAUUUGCAACAGCCCCAUCCCAUCCCCAUUCUCAUCAUCUCCAUUAUCCCCAUCAUCUCCAUCGGCCCCAUCCCCAUUCCCAUCCCCAUCCUCGCCAUCUCCAUCAGCCCCAUCCCCAUCCCUGCCAUUCCCAUUCCCAUUCCCAUUCCCAUCCCAUUCUCAUCCCAUUCCAUCCCUUUCUAUCCCAUUCCAUCCCAUCCCAUUCCAUCUCAUCCCAUUCCAUUCCCAUCCUCAUUAUCCCCAUCCCCUCCAUCCCAGUUCCCCCCCCAUCCCAGUGGCCCCCAUUCCAUCCCAGUGCCCCCCUCUCCCAUCCCAGUGCCCCCCCUUCCAUCCCAGUGCCCCCCUUCCAUCCCAGUGCCCCUAAACCCCAUUCCCAGUAUCCUGCGCCGGGGGUGCCACGUGGACGACCGGGACGGACUGACGGACAUGACCCUCCUGCACUACGCCUGCAAGGCCGGCGCCCACGGCGUGGGUGACCCCGUGGCCGCUGUCCGUCUGUCCACGCGGCUGCUGGCCCUGGUGGGACGUGACCCUGCAGCCGCUGUCCGUCUGUCCACGCAGCUGCUGGCGCUGGGGGGGGAC